AAUUCUCGGAAUCCGGCUGGAAUGAAUUUUGUUGCGGACGUACACGCUUCGUUCAAUACAUGUAAAAUAGUUUUUAUUCUCUUGCCCCGGGCAGAGCUUCCACUUCCCAAGCUCGUGUAAGGGUCGACUUGAAAAAAAAAUAAAUAAAAUAGCCGAAGGAAAUUACAGGAAUAUAAAUAAAAGAUAAUAAAAUGUCGCUGUGGGCGAGAGCACAGCAGUUGCCGCCCGAGAGCCUGCAAAAGGUGCGUGCAGUUUAUGGGGAACACUUUCCCAUCGAAGUUCGUCAUUGUCUCGCAACUUGGAUCGAGAACCGAAUAUGGACUCCAGAACCAGAGGAGCAACAGAGAUUCUUCGUCGAAGAGCUCGUGCAGGAGAUCCACACGCACACCGAGCUGAUGCUGUCUCCAGAGAUGUUCGUCACCAAAAUGAAGCUCAUCGAAGCCGCUAAGCUGUUCCGUAUGCAGUACAGCCACGCCCCCCACGAGCUGUACACAUACAUGCGACGUUGCUUGGCCCUGGAAAUGGAGGUGAUCCAGAGUGCUAUGGGAACGCCGUAUAUAGCUCAGCCGCAGACAGAGAGGAAGUAUAGUGAGCUCAUAACAGGUCUUCAGACAGUGCGUCAGAAGGUGAACAUGGCGAGCGAGGAGAUAAGAAGCCUCCAGGCGAACAUCGAGUCGUUCUCCCUCCAAUAUCACGAGUGUCUGAAGAAUAAAGGUCACAUAAAUUAUCUCCAGCAGUCCGGACCGAUGACGAACGAGCGACGGGAACUAGAAGCCUGUCUCAGGGUCCAGAUUGAGGAAAUGGAGAGGAAAUUGAACGCUCUGGUGGCCCAGAUCAACCAGUCGCAGAUGGAACUCGUUGAUCACAUGAAGGAAAAUAUCACCAAUCUCAGACAAUUGCAGAGUCAAGUAUUGGACGAGGAGCUGAUCAAAUGGAAACGCGAACAGCAACUCAGCGGCAAUGGUGUCCCGAUGCAGUCGAAUUUAAACACGAUACAAGAAUGGUGCGAGCUGCUGGCCGACCUCAUAUGGAGCACGAGGCAGCAGGUCAGCAACGUCGCCCGGAUCAACAGCAAGACUAUAGCGGAACUGAGGCAGGCGCAUCUCGCCGAAAUGUUGGACGACAUGAGCAAACAGGUGACGAGUUUGCUGUCGACAUUGGUGACCUCUACGUUUGUUAUCGAGAAACAACCGCCCCAAGUGAUGAAGACCAACACUCGUUUCACGGCUACAGUCCGCCUGCUCGUGGGUGGUCAGCUCAACGUGCACAUGACGCCGCCGCGUGUGACGGUGGUGAUAAUAUCGGAGCAGCAGGCGCAGCUGCUGCUGAAGAGCGACACGCAGAGCGGGCGCGGCAAGCAGCCGGUGGAGUGCGGGGACAUCCUCAACAACAGCGGCUGCAUGGAGUACCAGCCCACCAGCCGCCAGCUCAGCGUCAGCUUCCGGAACAUGCAAUUGAGGAAGAUAAAACGCGCCGAGAAGAAAGGGACGGAGAGCGUUAUGGACGAGAAACUCACUCUGCUGUUCCAGUCUGAGUUCAACGUCGGAGGGGGAGAAUUGGUGUUCCAAGUGUGGACGCUGUCGCUGCCGGUGGUGGUGAUCGUGCACGGCAACCAGGAGCCGCACGGCUGGGCCACGGUCACGUGGGACAACGCCUUCAGCCCGCCCGGCCGGGUGCCCUUCGCGGUGCCCGAUAAGGUGUCUUGGGGUCAACUGGCCGAGACUCUACGUAUAAAGUUCUGCUCAGCGACCGGCGGUGAUCUCUCCGAGGACAAUUUACGAUUCCUCGCCGAGAAGAUAUUCAGGACCAGCCUGCCGCUGAACAGUAUGGAGCUGAACAGCAUGACCGUCAGCUGGACGCAGUUCUGCAAGGACGCUCUUCCGGAGCGGAACUUCACAUUCUGGGAGUGGUUCUACAUGGUCGUGAAGGUCACGAGGGACUAUCUGCGGACGCUUUGGUGUGACAGACUGAUAAUGGGCUUCAUCCAGAAGAAGCAAGCCGAGGAGAUGCUGGCCAAGUGUCCUCCGGGAACUUUCCUGCUGAGGUUCUCCGACUCCGAGCUCGGUGGUAUAACCAUCGCUUGGGUUGGGGAGGCGAAUGAAGUCUUCAGUCUCCAGCCGUUCACGUCUCGCGACUUGAUGCUGCGCUCCCUCGCGGAUAGGAUCCUGGACCUGGCUCAGCUGCAGUUCCUGUACCCGAACGUUGCGAAGGACGAUGUGUUCUCGAAGUACUACACCAAACCUGAGAACGAGAUGCUGAAGAAUGGCUACGUGAAACCAGUUCUGGUGACCACGUUGCCGCCGUACAUGUCCGCGUCGCCGGCGUACGCGCACUCGCCGGACUCGCACAGGAACACGCCCAGUGUGCACAGCAGUUGCGGAACAACUAUUCUUCAACUCUAAAGGAAGAUGGAGCGUGGAUUAUUAUUAUUAAAUUAAUCGGUCGAAUGUUAGAUCAUUGAUGUGUGACAUUUGAUCUCUGUACUUAGAUAUUUGUAUACGUGUUUUCUAUGAUGCUUUAACUUCUAUAAUGGCAUAUACAGUUCCAUUGGAAAUGAUUACCUGUUGCUCAAUACUUUCAAACGAUUUAAAUAUCUAUCGAUUACGGAAAUAAUUACUCGAGUGGACGCUGUUCUAAAGUAUUGCUUGAAAUAAGAUGCCGCGAAAACGACUGGGUUAAAUUUUAACUCAAAUUAGAACUUGAAAUGUAUAUCUCGAAGCUUCCAAAAGAAAUACAUUUCAAAUUUGGAAUUUUACAAAACAAACACAGUAACGCCAUCUAUGAGUUUCUGGAGUAAAGUGACUUCUCCAAUUUUAAAGGCUAAAUUAGUGCGUAAUGCGUCAUACAGAGUUAAGUGUUGCAUAUCAAGGAUGUUUAUGAGGCUUUCUGUUACUUCGUGAUUUGUAAUGUCUGUUGAUGUUUAAAAAAAAAUUGUUUAUGGUUACAAUAUCGAUGUGUGUAGGUCGUCGUUUAUUUAAAAAAAAAAACUUGCCUAAUAAAUGUACUUAUCACGUCACUAUUGACGCUUUAGACGGUUUACGAAAAUUAUAAUCCGCGCGCUUAUAAUGGGUCGGAACUUUGUCAAAGUGAAUUGCACUUUUAAAAUGUAAGUUCGCCAGUUAACGAGUAAACUGUGACAAAGCCAGAAUUUCAAAUUAUUUAUAUACCUAGAUAGAAUGUUGGACUACGAAAAAAAAUGCGUCUCGGGACCCUCGACGUAAGUGGUAACCUAAACUGUGGGUUAGAGUGAGAGAGAGCUAAUCUACCGCUGCCGUAUGCGUAAGAGAAAGGGAAGCCAGACAGAAUGACACCGUAACGCGUUACGUAACGAAGCGGUUUACCCUCCCAUAAGAAGUUUUCACUACUACUACUAAACGAGCCAACUUUGUUAUCUUGGUGUGUGACAGUUACGCUUGAAACUCGCCAACAUCCAUACAAUACCAGUGUGCGUGUACUGUACAACAGUUGGCCACUAUUUUCUUCGACGCGAUCUCAGCUUUGACAGUCUAUCCAGACUAAAAUGUAAUAAUAAGCUUAUAUUUUAAAUAAUUUUGCAAACAAUUCCGUAAUGCGAAAUAAAUCCCGAAAAGAGUUCCGCGAGCAUCGACGCGAGUUUGCCUGCUGCUAUAAUACCGCUGGCCGGCGGACCGCGCGUGUCACAGUUUCAUAACACACACAGACAUAUCCCAUUCUAAACGCGCGUGGAUUAUAAAUUUCUUAAUAUUAAAAAUAAAUCAUCCCUAUUUACAAUGGAAGUUAAUUAUAAUAAGUGUGAGAACGUACUUUUGAAAUAACUAUUCCUAAAUUCGAAAUGUUUUUAACUAAUUAAAUAAUUAGGUAGGAAUUUU